UGCAGCUUUCCUCCCUGGCUCCCUCGGGGAUCCGAGAGCCCUGGCAGAAGCCGGCCGGCUGCCCCUCUCUUCUCCGCUCUCUCUCUGCAGAGGGAGCGCAACUGCGAAUAAGGGACCCUCUUGCGUUUCAUGUUCCGCCACCCGGAGAGCCCGCUCGCUGUGAUCUCCUCCGGCUCCCACCUCCUCCAGCGCAGCCCAGACCGGGCAGACGAGGAUCCGGCCCCGGCCAUGAGCCGCUACAGCCUCUCCAAUCUUUUGGACUGGAUGUACGGCGGAGUAGACCCCAGCUUUGAGGGCAACGGGGGCCCCGAAUGUGCUGCCUUCCUCCCUUGGCAGCAGCGCUUGGUGGAGAGCCUGGUCUUCCUCGCCGUGAGCAUCCUCGAGGUGGUGGUGUCUCUGCACAAGAUCCGGCGGACCCACGCCAAGGAAGUGGGGGACCUCUUGGCCCACGCUCGGAGCAAGGAGGAAAGCGUGGGGAAGAACCUGCUGCUGGUCUCCCUCUGCCUCACUUUCGGGCUGGAGGUGGGAUUCAAGUUUGCUACCAAGACCGUCAUCUACCUGCUCAACCCCUGCCAUGUGGUCACCAUGAUGCAGAUUUUUCUGCUGGCCUGUCCCCCCUGCCACUUUGCGAUGAUUCUCUUCAGGUUGCAAAUGCAUAUGCUGAACGGGGCACUCUUGGCCUUGUUGUUUCCUGUGGUUAAUACCCGGCUGCUCCCUUUUGAAAUGGAGAUCUACUACAUCCAGCACGUCAUGCUGUACAUUGUCCCCAUCUACCUUCUGCGGAAAAGAGGUAUCUACACCCCUGAGCCUUUCUGUAAUUUCUGGUGGGCUUUAUUAGCCACGGGGUUGAUGUUCAUCUACCACUUUACGGCCCUACAGAUUCUGGGACUGGCCACAGAGGUGAAUCUGAAUAACAUGCUGUGCCCGGCCAUCUCGGAUCCCUUCUAUGGCCCCUGGUAUCGAAUUUGGGCAUCAGGCCACCAGACAAUCAUGACUAUGGUUCACGGGAAGCUCAUUACUUUUGCCUUCUACAGUACUGUCCCUUUCUUUAGAUUCUGUCUGGAUUUACUUCGUCUCCCAGCUAAGAAAAUAUCCUAAAACUUCUAUACGGAGGAACACAGGAGAAGCAGAAGAGGACUGUGUUGGUGGUGGGAGAAGACUGGAGUGAGGAAAAGAUCCUACACGUGCAGUUCCUUUGGGUGUCUUUCAACUUUUAUGAAUUAUCACAUUCCCUCCUGUUGCCUCCCUGACUGUUGAUGUUUCACUGCCCAGAGCCGUUGGCAAAACUUGUGGCCUUAUUCAUUGAGAGGGUGAUGUCUGCUUAUACCACUACUCUACAACAGAAUCUGGCUCCUUUGGAACUGGGGGAAACUUGAAAGAGUGUCAGCACCCUACAAUGGGGCACAUAAAGCUGUUGGAGAAGUG